AUGAGAAUUACACUCUGCUCUCAGCCAAUCAGAAUCGAAAAAUCUGUGAAUCUUCAGAGGUUAGCGUCUUGUGCAGAGCUCCAAUCAUUCCACGGCGUAUGCUCGGACGGCAUCUACACCAUCGCCCUCACUCCCUCUCGGCAACUCGACGUCUUCUGCGACCUGGGAACUAGCGGAGGAGGCUGGACUGUCAUUCAGAGGCGCAUGGAACGCUCGGUAGAUUUCUACCGAGGCUGGGACGAGUACAAGUGGGGGUUUGGUGACAAGAACGGAGAGUUCUGGCUGGGGUUGGAAAAUAUCCACGUUAUGACAUCACAGAAGCGGUACCGUCUGCGCUUUGACAUGGAGGACUUCGAAGGCAACACCUGCUACGCUGAGUACGAUGGCUUUAAAGUUGGUGAUGCAGAAAACAGCUUUGGCAACGUAGGACGAGAAUUCACCACCAAAGACCGUGACCACGAUGCAAUUCCAAACGGCAACUGUGCGUAUUUAUACAAGGGCGCGUGGUGGCACAACAGUUGUCAUGCGACCAACUCUAACGGCCUCUACCUUAAAGGCGAAAACAACCAGCGUGCACAGGGUGUGAUUUGGAUGACUUGGAAAGGUUGGAAUUACUCACUCAAGCGAAUUGAAAUGAAAGUAAAGCCAAUUUGA